AUGGCAGCCCACAAGUUUGGUCGGCGCGCCGUGGCCCCGGGUGCGGCUGCAGCGGCGGGGAGGAGGUGUGGCGGCCGGCGAGUGGCCAGCCUGCGCCCGCUGCUCGCCGAGGCGGCCCGCGGCUGCUCCGUGCACGGCGUGCGCUACCUCGCUCCCCACGCGGCCGCCUCGCCGGCAGCCAGGCUGGCGUGGGCGGCGGCGGUGUGCGGCAGCGCGCUGCUGGCGACCCUGGUGGGGGCGGAGGCGUGGCGGGGCUACGCGCGGGCGCCGGCCGCCAUGCAGGUGGAGAGCACACACUGGCCGCUGCGCGCGCUGCCCUUCCCCGCCGUCACCGUCUGCCCCGGCCGGCGCGUCGUCACCCGCCUCGCGCUGCCGCUGCUCGCCAGGGAGUUAGGAGAGGACCCUGAGUCGCUGAACGGCAGCCUACAGGAGUCGCUUCUGCACGUGCUGAGCGCGCUGUCGCUGUUCCGGUCUCCCAGCUACGAGGGCGUAGCCAGGGACCUGCUGGCGGCCGGAGACCCGCUGCUGCGCCGCCUGGCCGGGCUCAACGUCACCAGCCUCAUGCUGCAGGUGCUGCCCCGCUGCGAGGCGGUGUUCCACAAGUGCUUCUUCGAGGGCGCUCCGCUCAACUGCUGCCGAGAGAUGUCGCUGCAGCGAGCGCCCGUCGGCUUCUGCUACUCCUUCAACUCGCUCACGUCUGAGGCUAGGAGGCACUGCGACGCGAAGGACGCGCGGCCGGAGUGCGCGGUGCGGAGAGGCGCUGGCUCCGGGGACGCCACGGGGCUCGAGCUCUUCCUGCGCCGGGACGCCGCCACGCCCGACGGCGUGCGCCGGCUGGACCCGCCGGGAGCCCGGGUGACGGUGCACAGCCCGCGCGACACGCCUGGCCCCGGCCUGAUGGCGCCGCAGUGGCCGGCGGGCGGCGCGCGCACCGUCACGGCGCUCUCGGUGGACGCGGCGCUCAUCACGAGCGAGGAAGAGCUGCGCCGCCUGCCGCUGCACAAGCGCCUCUGCCUCUUCCCGGACGAGCGGCCGCUGCUCUUCUCGCGCUUCUACACGCGUGCCAACUGCAUCCACGAGUGCCUGCAGGCCGCCCACGUCAAGAAGUGCGGCUGCUUGCCCUACAUCUCCCGCGUCCCCUCAGGGGAGACGCGGCUCCCGGAGGCGGCGCCGCCGCGCUGCGGCCGCUGCCUGCCCGACUGCCAGGAGGCGGUGUACAGCGCGCGGCCGGCCGUCGCAAGGGACAGCAACCCGGCCGGCGCCACCGCCGCCGCCUACGUCGACGUCCAUUUCUUGCAGCCCUACACCAUCAAGUAUCGCCGCGUGCUCACCUUCGACACGCGUCAGCUGCUCGUGUCGCUGGGCGGCAUCGCGAGCCUCUUCCUGGGAGUCAGCCUGCUGAGCGCCGCCGAGCUCCUCUACUGGGCGGCCCGCAUCGCCGCCGCUGCCGCCGCCGCUGUCCGCCGCCGCUGGCCUGGAGCCUCACCUGCUCCACCAUCUGCCGACACUUCCUGUACCACUCGAGGCCCCUGUACAAGGGCGGCCUUACCGUAG